UUCAGUAGUGAGAUGGUGGAUGAAGAGUUGACGUAUCGGAGCAGAAUACUCAACACGAUCCACGAGGCCCUCGAGAAUGACCGGGCAGUGAGUGUUUCAGCGUGCUUUCUCGUUCUCUUGUCCUACAAGAAGACAUAAAGUUAUCUAUUUCAUCGAAAAUCACCGACAAGACCGCAGGGACUAACCAUGUAUGAUGCUAUAGGACGACGCAGUGGAGGUGGAGAAGUUCAACUAUGAACAGGAAUUUGAUAAGCAUCUCACGAUCAUGUCGAUGCUCGGUCUUGGGUUUGGGCUCAUGAGUCCUCCACUAUCGCUGGGAGUAACGAUGGGCUCGUCGCUCAUAGACGGUGGACCACUGACAAUAAUGGGUGGCUACACGAUUGUAUACGUAUGCUCAUUCUUCUGUGCGCUGUCUCUGGCAGAGAUCACGUCAAAAUACCCUACAGAACUACACAGUGGUGCUGCACUGAUUGCACAUCCUGAUUAUAGCCUGAUCUGCUCGUGGUUCACAGGGUUCUUCCUACUCAUUGGUAAUUGGUUGACGAGUACGAGUAUCACCUUUGCAGGUGCGCAGAUCAUCCUGAGCACCGUUGGAAUCGUUGACUCCAAGUAUGAGAUUGACUCGGUACUCACAGUGAUAAUGUUCUACCUCGUUGUCACCGUGUGCGGUGUGAUAAACCUAAAGUUUAGCAAGUACUUGGAGUUCAUCAACAAACUGUGCGUAUAUUGGAUCGUCUAUUCCAUCCUAUUCAUAGAUAUCCUUCUGCUGAUCUUCUCCAGAAAUCAUCAUUCAUUGAAGUACGUCUUUACUCAUUUUGACAACUCGUUUUCUGGCUGGCCAUCCGGAAUGGCAUUCAUAAUUGGAUUUCAGCAGGCCAAUUUCAUGCUUCAAGGCUUUGGCCUUCUACCUUCAGUAUCAGAUGAAGUUCAAGACGCUGAGCGAACAGUCUCAAGGGGAAUCGUGCUCUCUGUGUUGCUUGCUGGUGGUGCUGGAUUCAUCUUCCUCAUUCCAAUUCUGGCAGUGUUGCCUGAUGUUAAUCUACUUAUUGGAGAAAAGACCCAUGGAAUUGUACCCAUUGUUCUGAUCUUCAAGCUGGCAACAAGAUCUGUGAUUGUCUCCUUCUUCCUCGUGAUCCUCAUCAUUGGCAACUUGCUCUUCUCGGGAAUUGGCUCCAUAGCUACGAGCUCAAGAGCAGUUUUCUCGAUGAGUAGAGACGGUGCCUUGCCAUUUGCAGACAUAUGGACCCAUGUUCAUGCCGAUUCUGAAUCAAAGGUUCCAAAGAACUCUGUUAUGCUUUCAAUGGCCAUAAGUUAUCUGCUGGGUCUUCUGGCUCUUGUGAGUUCCACUGCUUUCAACGCAUUUGUUGGUGCUGCGGUGAUCUCAUUAUGUGCAGCAUCUCUCAUUCCUAUAGUAUCGCUGUUAUUGGGUGCACGGAAGAAAGUACGUGGUGCAGCCUUCAAAUUGAAAUAUGUUGGCUUUAUCAUCAACAUCAUUAGCACUCUAUGGUUGGCAUUUACCAUCUUUGUUCUCAGUUUACCACCCCAAUUGCCUGUCACAGCAAGUUCUAUGAACUACGCAUCGCUGGUGUUUCUAUUAUUCGUACUGAUAAUUACAAUCCUGUGGUUUGUAUGGGGUCGUCAUAACUUCCACGGUCCUCUUGUGGAUAAAGGAGUCUCGGAAAGAUCUGACUCUCUACCAAUGCAGACGAUGACCAGUGAAGGUUACCAAAAGCUGAAUGAACCAAAUGUUUCUAACAGGGAAAACGUCACAUCCAGUGAUAUAAAAUCUACUACAGAGGCUGUCCAGAUGACUGUUCAGCCAUCAUAUGAUAUAUAGAAGAGAGUUCAUAAGUAUGGAAGAAAUGUAAAUAGAUGGGUAAUUUGAUGUAUAGAUACUGUUGUUGUUCCUUUUUUGGACACCACGAUCACAGCAGAACUACGUACUUGGC